AUGGCGACAUUUUUAUACAACUCGAGCCUCGCGGCGCGCCUCGUCUCCUUCGCGGACGCGGCAUACUGUGGCGACGAUGCGCAUGGUGGCACGGGCUCGCUCACGUCCUGGACCUGCCCGCCAUGCAGCCUGGCAGCCGGGUUUGCCCUCGUCGGCGUCAUUGCUUCGAGCAAGCAUGCCACCUUUGCGUUCGGCGGGAUCGACGCCGGCCUUGGCGGCUCUCCAGUGCUCGCGUUCCGUGGCGCUGUGCUGCAGCCCAACAUUGACGACUACGAGGACAACAAGCUCGUGCCCUGGUGGCCCAACGGAACGACUGUCCACCGCGGCUUAUUGCGCUCCUACUACUCGCUGAGGCAGCAGGCGCUCGCCCUCGCACGCAGGCUGGUGGCGAGUGCUCCUGGUCGACCGCUCUAUAUCACGGGGCACUCUCUGGGCGCGUCACAGGCAGCUCUGGCCGCCCUCGACCUCUCAGCCAACCUUUCAGGCGCUCGCGUCCGCUUGUUGACGUUCGGGGAGAUGCGGAUCGGCGACGCGGCUCUGGCGGAGCGCUACGCGGCACAACCCAACUUGCGCACGUGGCGGGUGACGCACCGUGCCGACCACGCGCCGCAGUACCCGGCGCGCGACCUUCCGACACCUUCCCAUUCUUUCCGACACCACGGCACCGAGGUGUGGUACCCAGACGGCCUCGCUGCCAAUAACGGGGUAGCAGGAGCGGCAGGAACAGCCCUUCACUUUCGGGUGUGCGACGGAGAUGGCGAGGACCCGGCCUGCGAAGCCAGUGUGCCCACCGGCCUCCUCAACUGGCUGGACCAUGACUUCUACAUCAAUCAUUCGAUGUGGUGCUGCAGCGCGGCGUGCGAGAGCGCCGACGGCUGCCCCGCGAGCUGCACCUUCCCAUUCCCCAAGCCGCCUGCCAGUCCCUCCCUCCAUGGGACGCCCCAAAGCGGCGGCAACAACGUUCUGCUCGGCGUGGAGGUGGGCAUGGGCGCCGGCGUCCCGCUCGUGAUCGGCGGGGCUGCCAGCGCCGCUGCCGUGGCGUACUGGUGGCGGUACCAUCGGCCGCGCUCCUCCCAUCGCUUGGAUGCCCCGCCGCGGCGGGGAAAGCCCUCGCGCCUCGUGAUGAUGCCCGACGGCCGAAUCGUCGAGGAGCUCGAGCUCGAGCCGGCGGGGACGGAGCCCGCGCACGCAGCGAGCUCGGCGAGUGUGGAGAGUGGAAGAGUCUGA